GGAAUUGUGCUUAACUUUCAUGAAGGAGUGUCCGAGCGGUGCGUUGCAUUUACACGAGUUCAAGAGGAUCUUCGGGGUCCCGAACAGGUCUGCAGAGGAGUCCCUCUACAUUGAGACAAUAUUCAACUCCUUCGACACAAAUAAGGAUAACACACUUGAUUUCAUCGAGUACGUGGCAGCACUUCACCUGAUCUUACGGGGGAAUCUGGAAGACAGGCUCAAGUGGUCCUUCAAGAUGUACGACAAGGACGGGAACGGCAAGCUGGACCGGCAGGAGGUGAAACGGCUCAUCACGAUCCUUUACAAAAUCAAGCUCCAGAAGACGGACAUCAGCAUGACGCCGGCUGAAAUCUGUGACAGGAUCUUUGAGCUGGUCGACCAGAAUAAUGACGGUCGGAUCACGUUGUCUGAGUUCAUGGAGGGAGCUCAGAAGGACGAUGGGUCAUGA